AGGUUACUUCUGGCAAACAUGAAGUCAAGUCUCUGGUAUUUCUUUGUCUUCUGCUUCCAAACUGAAAUUCUAGCAGAAGAAAUCAAUGAUUCUGCCAAGGAUGAGAUGUUUACUUUUCAUCAUGGAGGUGUACAAGUUUUAUGCAGAUAUCCGGAGAUUGUCCAGCAGUUUAAAAUGCAGUUACUGAGGGGGAAGCAGAUACUCUGUGAUCUCAGUAAGACAAAGGGAAGUGGAAACAAGGUUUUCAUUCAGAAUCAGAUGUUCUGUCAACUGCAGUUAUCCAACAACAGUGUCUCCUUUUUCCUGAAAAACUUCGACAAUUCUCACGGCAGCUAUUACUCCUGCAACAUAUCCAUAUUUGAUCCUCCUCCUUUUCGACAGAUUGUUACAGGAGAAUAUUUGCAUAUUUACGAAUCACAGCUUUGCUGCCAGCUGAAAUUCUGGUUACCCAUAGGAUGUGCAGUUUUUGUUGUAGUGUACAGUUGUGCAUGCAUAUUUAUUUUUUGGAUUCAAAAAAAGAAGUAUGAACCCAGCAUGCAUGAUGCGAAUAGUGAAUACAUGUUCAUGGCUGCAGUAAACACAGCUAAAAAACCUAGAUUUACAGAUGUGACCUCAUAAUCUAGACCUCUGGCAUCCGGGUGUGUAUCAUGUGAAGUGAGAAAUUCCCUUAUUUCCUGGACCACAGACAAUCUGACUUGAUUUGACUACAUGUGUCUCCUGCCUAUGUUUUGUUCAUUCUGGACCAGUUACCAUAUUAAUCAAUAGGGAUUUUAAAAGACUGCCUCUGUAUUGCCGAGUUCUCUUGAAACAAACAUCCUCUUACAACUAACCUUAUAGAAGGUCUUGCUCAUAUGUGCUCAACAAACAGACCUCCCUGGGAUGGAAUUCCCGCACCUGCUCCUUGCAAUGCACCAUCCAGUAAAACAAACUCAUUUACAAAACAAAAACAAAAACAAAAACACAAAAACAAAAUUAAAAGAUGCUGAGUUGUAUUCAUCUGCAAAGCAAAGGAGCAGCCAAUGGCCAGCAUUUAUCCUCAUUUUAUGAACAAACUACCUCUUCUUUCUGUAGGAAUGGCAUUCCUUUGUAAUUCAGACAGUAGAGGAAGAUGCUUCACAACUGAAGCUAUUUUAUUUUGGAGAUGUUGAUGCAUAAUAUUCUGUACUAGCACAGUAGUAGCUACAUAAUAUUCUCCUCUAAUUUUGAACCCCAGUUGACCACUCCACCAAAAGUUUAGAUGCCUUCUCUUGCCUUUUUAAAAAAAUACUUCUACCCGCCUACUUGACAGCUGGUAGCCCCUCUGAAUAAGGAGGUAUGUCUACAUGUUUCUCCUUUGCUGCUCAUUAAAAUUGUGUGUGUAUAUAUAGCCCCUAUAAUUUGUCUAUCAUUUGCCUAUAUUUUCCCUACAAGAAAAUUUUGCCCUGGAACAACAUCUUCUUACUCCAAAUUCAUUUAAAAUUGCUUAUUUUGUUGAUAUUAGUGAUAGGAAACAUUACC